AUGGUUCUUGACAUAGAGUGGAUACCCACUACCCCUGAAUCAUUGUACACUACAACAGGUUUGGACACAAUGCUGCCAUAGCAAAGUCCUGACAAAGGAGGUUUUAUCGAAGUGAUUUAUCUAGAAGAUGUGAACAGCCUAGGAAAUCUUGCUGUAGUAUGGCUGACCCCACACCAACCUCCACACAAGCACAGACACACACAGUGGUACUACUUCCAAGCAAGCAAUAUGCAGGCAGGGAUGUUUUAGUGCUUCACUGCUGACAACUUUAGCAUAAACAGCCUGCAUAAACAUGGCUUGUGGCCACUGCUGUACUCAGAAAACAAUGCUAAGAAACAGCAUAAGAAAGACUGGUAAAGGACUGGAAAUAAAUCCAGUAUUUAUUUAUUUAUUUAUAUAAAUAAAUCCAGCAAAAACAGUGUGAGGCAAAAUAGACAUCAUUAUUUCUCACUCACUUGGAUGUUCCAGUUCCCUGACCAAGACACCUGCUACUUUGCCCACUACUAUCCUUACACCCACAGGAGGUGGGUGUACAACCUGCAGGAGUGCCCUGUGGCCAUCUCUAAAGGUCCAGUGGUGUCUAAAUUCUGCAAGAUUCACACCUUAUGCUGCUCACUGUGAAACACAGUGUAUAUUUUAACUAUCACCACCACUACCCCCUCCAGAAGUGGCAAGGGCACUGAGCAGAAGGCUGCGAUAAUGUUAGUGAGGGUACAUCCAGGAGAAACUAAGAAUUCCUGGAUAACAAAGGGCUUUAUGGAUUUCAUUCUUGGUGACUCAAGCAAAGCUCAACUCCUGCAGGACAAUUUUGUCUUGAAAGCGGCACCUACGUUGAAUCCAGGUGGUUUGAUUGUGGGAAAUCACCACCGCUCUUUAACAGGCCAGGAGCUGUACUUCAAAUACAGAUCUAUCAUGAAGAAAAGUUCCCCUUCCAUCUGGUAUAACCAAAGCAUGGUCAAAAGACUUCCACUCACAAAGACAUUGAUGGAUAAAAAAAUUAAACCUUCUGGUAUUAAACUAAACCCUAAACCAGAGACUGAUGCUUCAGGCUGCAGACAAAACACCCCUUUCAGUAUGAAAGACUUGGAGUCCACAGGACAGUAUUUCCACAAUGUAUUCUUGGACUAUUGUGUAAAUAACAAGCAGCUGCCCCUCUAUGGGGACAGUGGUUCCAGGGAGAAAUGCUCUGGCAUGGCAGAGCAGACCCAGUGUGGCAGUCGUCCUGAUUACCCCAGCAAACAGGACCCCAGUGUGAAAGCAAGGAUAUUUUUUGAAGGAGCUGUUGUGCCUUCUGCCCAUGGCAGUGAAACAGCAGCUUCACGUGUGGUGCUGAGAUCAGCUAAGGAGCUGGUUGACCACGAGAUCAAAAUUAUAUACCCUUUUUCUCCCGAAUGA